CCAGUUUCUCCUCUGUUUCGUUCUUCUCUCUGUGUUUUUUUAUAAGUAUAUUUGUCCCGGCACAAGUGUAAACUGGAAUAAGUCGCCGAGUGCAAUGAGGGAUAAUUUUGUGAUAAAUAAUAUCACGCCAAGUGAAAUGUGGUAAAAUGUUCGAAGGAUCGAAUACAAAGUAAGCUUGACAGCGUUUAUUCGCGGCGAAAAUAAUAUUUGUCACACACAAAUUUUGUUCGAAACAACCGAUAUCUCUCCUACCUUUGUUGUGUAUUAAAUACACAACAAACAAUGUAAAGAAUGAAAUCGCAGCGUGAUUGCAUUGCCGUGGGAUUGUCCGCGCGUUGAGAUUGGCACGGUGACAAUUCGAAAGACGACAACAUGUCCACCGUGACGAGCGGCAAGAACUUGUUGCGGCCGAGCGGCCUGCAGUGCAAGAACCUGCAGGAGUAUUUAAAGUCGCGCACCGCCGACACUUUGAACAAGCUGUACCACAGGCCGCCUAUAUGCCUGGCCGUGUUCCGCGAGCUGCCGCUCAUCGCCAAGCACUACGUCAUGAGGCUGCUGUUCGUCGAGCAGCCGGUGCCGCAGGCGGUCAUAGCCUCCUGGUGCUCCAAGCUCUACUUCGAGGAGCACCAGAAGGUGGUGCAGGUCCUGAACGAUCUGUACGUGUGGAAGGAGGCGUCCAUACCCGGCGGGCUGCCGGGCUGGAUCCUGAACAACACCUUCAAGAAGAACUUGAAGAUCGUGCUGCUGGGCGGCGGCAAGCCGUGGACCAUGUCCAAUCAGCUGGAAACCGACAGCAAACCGCGAGACGUCGCCUUCCUGGAUUCUUACGCGUUGGAAAGGUGGGAGUGCGUCUUACACUACAUGGUCGGCUCCCAGCAGCAGGAGGGCAUAUCUGCCGAUGCUGUAAGAAUACUUCUACAUGCUGGUUUAAUGAAGAGAGACGAAGCUGAUGGAAGCCCAGUUAUAACACAAGCUGGUUUUCAAUUUUUGCUUUUAGACACAGCCUCGCAGGUAUGGUAUUUUAUUCUACAAUAUCUUGACACAAUUGAGGCGCGUGGUCUGGAUUUAGUAGAAUGCCUUACCUUCCUGUUUCAAUUAAAUUUUUCCACCCUUGGUAAAGAUUAUAGUACCGAAGGUAUGUCCGAGGGACUUUUGACAUUUUUGCAACAUUUAAGAGAAUUCGGACUUGUGUACCAACGAAAACGCAAAGCAGGAAGGUUUUAUCCAACUCGAUUAGCGUUAAACAUCGCUACUGGCGAAAAUAAACCUUUGACCAGAGACACAGACAAGGAAGGGUAUAUAGUUGUGGAAACGAAUUAUCGAGUUUACGCUUAUACAAAUUCAAACUUGCAAGUCGCACUGCUCGGACUUUUCUGCGAAAUGUUGUAUAGGUUUCCAAAUUUAGUUGUAUCAAUAUUGACAAGAGAUUCCGUAAGACAAGCAUUGAAGAGUGGAAUAACUGCUUCGCAAAUAGUAGGCUAUUUGCAGCAACAUGCACAUAGUAAGAUGAUAGAAGCAGGGCCGCCUAUAUUACCACCUACUAUUGUAGACCAAAUUAAGUUGUGGGAAAACGAGAGAAAUAGAUUUUCGUUCAGCGAAGGAGUUCUGUAUAGUCAAUUUCUAUCUCAGACCGACUUCGAGGUUCUUAGGGAUCACGCGGUCUCAACCGGAGUAUUAAUUUGGCAAAGUGAAAGGAAGAGAACCAUGGUGGUUACCAAAGCCGGUCACGAUGAUGUAAAAAAGUUUUGGAAACGAUACUCAAAAGGCUCGAGUUAAUAUUCAAUUAACAAGAUUUAGUUCUAAUCAUUCAGUGUAUGUUGUUAUGUUUCCUGAUUAAUUACGAAAGAUCUUGUUCUAAAAAAGUGCCUAGAAAAACUGGAGAGGCAUCCUUGACACAGAUUGGAGAAAUAAUGUUUUCUUUUUAAUUGAUGUCUAAGCUCUCUCAGGUCGGACUAGGUUUUGAUAAUGCAAGUGUGAUAUUCAAUUAAGUAAGUUUUUAUAUAUUUAAUAUUGUCUGUUUUCCUACUCCAAUUAUAUAAAAUUUACACAACGAGGAAAUCAAGAAUCAUUCAGAAUUUGCCAAUUCAAACUAUUCUAUUAAAAUCUGUUGCAAUUUUUUACAUUAUAAUAAAUAAAUUUUUCAUCGAAA